CGAAGCGUCUGUGGAUUUCUGUUGUUAUCAUUUUCGUAGUGAACAUAUCCGUUUAGUCUUUAAUUGUGCAUGAUGAGCGCGCAGCAGAUGCUGAAAGUGUUCGUCACGAGACGCAUUCCGCAGGAGGGCAUGAAAAUACUCAAAAAAGCCGGGAUGUGUAAUUUGUCAGUGUGGGACUCAGAUGAGCCUGUGCCCCGGGCAGAGCUCCUGAAGGGGGUGGCAGAUGCUCAUGGGCUUCUCUGUUUACUCUCAGACAAAAUUGAUGCUGAGGUCUUGAAUGCGGCUGGACCCAACUUGAAAGUGAUCAGCACUCUCUCUGUGGGAUUUGACCAUCUUGCCAUAGAUGAGAUAAAGAAACGAGGGAUACGAGUAGGCUACACUCCUGAUGUUUUGACGGAUGCUACUGCUGAGCUGACGGUGGCUCUACUCUUGGCCACUGCCCGACGUCUUCCCGAGGGUGUAGAGGAAGUGAAAAAUGGCGGCUGGAGUACAUGGAAGCCUCUGUGGCUGUGUGGCUACGGUCUUUCAGGCAGUACUGUUGGGGUGAUUGGUUUGGGCCGCAUAGGUUUGGCUAUUGCAAGGCGACUAAAGCCUUUUGGAGUGAAGAGACUUCUGUACACCGGCAGACAACCCAAACCUCAGGCCCAAGAGGUUGAUGGGGAAUAUGUGCCUUUAGACACUCUGGUGAGAGAGAGUGAUUUUGUGGUGGUGUCCUGUUCUUUGGCUCCUGACACUCAAAGCCUUUGUGACAAAACCUUCUUCAGCAAGAUGAAGAAAACUUCAAUCUUUAUCAACACCAGCAGAGGGGCGGUUGUGAAUCAAGAGGACUUGUUUGAAGCCCUCAGCAGUGGUCAGAUUGCAGCAGCUGGGCUUGAUGUUACAACCCCUGAACCUCUGCCCACCAACCACCCACUGCUGACCCUUAAAAACUGUGUGGUUCUCCCUCAUAUUGGCAGUGCCACCUACUCCACACGCGGUGUCAUGAGUGCACUGACAGCAAAUAACUUGCUGGCCGGCCUGACAGGCUCUGAAAUGCCCAGUGAGCUGAAACUGUAAUGCUCUGAAACAUAGAUACUGUAUUUUGUCAUUAUAUGAAUGGAGACGUCAGUAGCGUAAAUCUAACUAUUAAAUGCACUGCAUUAACUACAUGAGAUUAGAAGGGAUAAAACAUGCAUUACAAUCAUCUCACAUAGAUAAUUUUAAUCAUGACUGGAACAAGAUGACACAAUUUGAUAUGUUAACAUGCACAUGUUCUACUGUGAUAUUGCACAUUCAAAGUCAACACUCAAAUGUCCUUUUACACUCCAAGCUAAAGUAGAAUCAAUGUUAUAGGGAUUUAAUUUGUGACAAUAAAGGAUUUAUUGAAA